AUGGUUCCAAACGGUGUUUGGGUUACACAACUGUCUCUUGCCGCUAAGGAGGCUCAGACACCCCUCUCCAGUGCGAAGAGAUUACACUUCCCCCUCUCCAGUGCCGAGGAGAUUCAGCAAGAAAACGAAACAACUUCAGUUGUGUCAAAAUAUAAUCAAGGCAGAAUAGCUAUAGGUGGUCAAUAUGAUCGUUGGAUGGAAUUAAAAGAGACGCUGCAGCUUAAAACUCAUGCUGAUGUAGCAGAGUACCUUCUUGAUCGGAAUGAAACCUUGGCAUUUGAAAGUUCUCCUAAAAGGGUUAAAACUGCAUCAAGUGCAGUAACAUCAACACCGGGACCAACAGCUACCAUUCUCCCACCCAAAUUUUCAGAUGUGUCUGAAAUAUCUUCAGAUCUGGACAAGGGGGACAGAAAUUCAGAUUUAUCUGGUGUAGAACAGUUUGUAAAAACUGAUAAGAAAACGACAGCUCCAAGCAGUUUUUUGAAUCCUUUAGAUCUCUCAAUCUGCUUAUCAGAAAACUACACCAAGGAGGACUCAGAGGAUUCAUCAGAUGAAGAUUAUGAGCCUAGUUACAUAAUGACCAUGAGAGAGGACACUCAGACUGAAGCCAUGGUUGAGGACUCUGAAAAUGAGGAUAGCUGUGAUGAGGAAUCAAAUGAUGAUCUUCGCCCCGGGAUUGCCAAAAUUUUAACUCCAGAAGAGAUUGAGGGCUGUAAGGAAGAUCGCCCUUUCCUUGUUUAUCUUUCACAGCUUCACACAUUAGCUGAAGUGCGUGUCCUACCAAAUUGUCAGCUCAAAGGAUGCAAAAAACCAGUGCAUUUGGAGAAAGCUGUGGUUGGAUCAGCACUCUAUUUCAAAUGGAAUUGUUCUGAUGGACAUCAAGCUCAGCAGUGGUGUUCACAGCCUGUCCUAAACAGAGGAAUGCAUCUAGGGGAUUUGACACUCUCCUCUUCCAUUCUUCUCUCUGGAAGCAACUUUCAGAAAGUGUCAAUGAUGGCUAAAUUCAUGAAACUACCAAUUGUGAGCAAAAACUCAUUUUAUAAAAUGCAGAGAACAUACUUGAUUCCAGCAGUGGAUGAGUUUUGGACAGAACACCAGGAAACUGUGUUUAACCAGUUUCAAGGAAGAGCUAUUACAAUACUUGGGGAUGGCAGAAUGGAUAGCCCUGGUCACACUGCUCAGUAUUGCUCUUAUACAUUUAUGGAGUAUGACACCAAGACCAUUCUGCAUAUAAUAACCAUGGACAAGCGAGUGACAGAGAAAAAAAGCACAAAUCUGGAGAAGGCUUGCUUUGUUCAGGGCUUGCGAUAUCUACUGGACAAGGGACUUCAUAUUGUUGAAGUUGUUACAGAUGCUCAUGUACAAGUUGCUUCAGUAAUGAGUAAGUUCAAACAAAACAACCAAUAUAUACUACUAUAA